GCACAGCACACUCUGUAAUGCUGCUGCAAUUUGACAAGAUGAUUUGCCCUAUUUCAACUCGAUCUUCAAAGUGUCACCCAAGUCUCCAGGGACUAAAAAAAGGUGCUGCACUUUACUUUAGAGGCUAGACCUACCUUAUCUGACCCUUCUCCACCAAUCCAAUCACGCCGCCAUCACAUUCUGCGCCCAGCCCAGGCCAGCCCGCAGCCACGGAGCGGGCAAUCCCACUUUGGCUGCAGAGAUAAGCCAAGCCAGUCCAAUCCGUCCUCCAUUUUCUCCCACGCCCUUUUCCCACGUUCAUUGCAACUACAACUCCAGCUUGAAAUCCAAUUGCAACUCACUUGUCACUCAGUUCAUCCUACGGACUUUGUUCUGGACCUAGCCAUGUCCAUGCGUGUCCGUGUCACGCCUUGAACCAUGAGGCGAACCCUGAUACUUAUCCCUUAUCCCUGAACAUCACAUACAGUACACAACUCAACUCAACUGAAUCAUACAUACUUUCAUAUGAAACCACUCAGGUCCCCUGUUCCCAACCUGUCAACUGUCUGUCUGUCAACUGCAACUAUAACUUACUGCAACUACUACUGCCACUGCUACCGUCUCGCCGAGUAUUCUGACCUAUCAAACACUCAUAUUGCUUAAACUCAACCGUCAACCUAGGUAGUCGCCGAGACAUACACUUUAGUGCCUGUCACCUUAUGAGAGACUCAAUCAACUGCUAUAUAAUCGGCCCCCAACUUCUCCAUCGACAACUACAGAUGCAGGUCUAAACCACAACUAUCGCACCGCAAGGGGUCUUCUCCUACCUUUCAUCUCAUCAAGUGAGCCGAUUCGACAAUGGGACAGUGGUGGGUUGAUUCUCGCAUUGAAGCUACCGUUACCCGGUCCUAUGUCGCCAGCCAGCUCCUCCCGGAUGAGAUUGAGCGCCUAGAUCGUCCAGUCGCCUUUGGCGGCGAGGACUUGACAGAGCGCACAUACUGGGAGAGCAUUCGAAAUGAUGCACCUCGUUUAUUCCUCAUUCUCGUCGACCUUGGUGUGCCUGAUCAGAUCUUCGGAGUUGUCGACGAUGGCUGGGAUGACGCUGAGCUACCGAUUGCCCUCGAAGACGUGGAUCGCCUCUUGUUAACAGCAACUCGUGAUGAGAAAGUCGAAAAGAAGUUUUACCAGCGCCAGUUUCAUUACCUUCUCAAACCCUUGCAGCGAGGGAACCAUGUGGCGUAUAAGGACAACGAAGUAGUACCUCUAGACGUGGUCGAAAAGCUUUCCCUGCCAACGCACAAGUCGCACGGAAACGACAAGGUCAGACUUCCAAAUAUUCCAGGGGAAGUCUUUUAUCGACGACGAUAUGUGCUGGGUAAUGGACCUGGAGCUAUGCCCGUGCAAGACUUUCUCGAUGCUGUCCACGGGAUCAAGGGUCUGCAGAACGAGCACAUGAUCUCGUAUUGGGCGUCGUAUACGCAGCAUGGAUAUGGAUACGUUUUGUUUACGCCAGCAGGUGACUUUACUCUCAAGUCAUUCCUGGCGACGACACCAUCACAGUUCAAGCAUCUUGCUAAAGCUCGUCGGAGGGAGCUUGUCAUGAACUGGAUCUUGUGUCUCGUCGACACACUCUGUGACUUCCAUGGGAAGAAUCAAUCGCAUGGAUACAUCAAACCUUCGACCAUCUUCUUUACCAACCAAAACCACGUCUUUUACUCCGACUCGACACGACUCACGCCCGAUAACGUGAUUCUUCACACCGAUAAAUCGUCGUUUGAUCGCGAACGGUACGACUAUGCUGCACCAGAACUGUGGUCUCGACCUGCAGGGGCGACGAGCCCGACCGGCAGAUUCCCAUCCGAUGAACAUUUCGGAAUGGUGCAAACAUACGAUCCGAGCGGCUCACCAACGGCGAUGUUCAUCGCACCAAAUCCUCAGCUGAGCGGACAGCAAGCCGACAUCUUCUCAGUAGGCUGCAUCAUUUUGGAGCUUUUAUCAUUCUUAGUCAAACGGACGACGAGCAAGUUUGCGACCUUUCGAUCAGCGAAGCACAAGACGGCCGGUCGAGGCGGUGCAGUGUUGGAUACGUCUUUUCACAAGAACCUAGGACAGGUGGAAGCAUGGAUGUCAGGUCUUGCCAAAGAUGCAUCUCGAAAGUCAUCAUCGAGCAAAGAUGGCGCGAAUAUUCUCAAAGGUGUAACCCCCAUGCUCCACGUUGUGACGGGUAUGCUGGCGAUGAAUCCAUACGACCGGCCUCCGGCGAUCGAAGUGCAACAGCGCAUUUAUCAGAUUCUGACCGAAGUCUGCGACAUUUCAGAACCGCACUGCGUACAUCAGUAUGCGCACGAUCUCGAAUCCUCAUUCGGAGGGCUGCAGAUUCAGACUGUUGGUGAUGGCAUGAUGGGCGUCAGUCCGCCAGGGGGGUCCAACACCACCUAUGGUACACCACGGACGUACGAACACAGCCGAAAUGGCAGCAGUGGAGGAUAUUCACAAGUAAGCCGCACGACGGGAAGCAGCGAAACCGACAUGGAUGCUAUACACAGCGUAGGGUCAGUUGGUCUUCAACAGAUACGAACACAGGGUUCCUGGCCUCGCAAUAUCGCGUACACACAGCACACGGGCGUAGCGCAAUACCCCGUGGGCCAAUGGGACACUACAUGAAAGCAUGUGAUGUUCUGCUGGGAUGAUGACUUUGAUGAGCUUGUGGGGACCGAAUCCUUUUUAUUAGGAUUGAGGAGAUGAAACGAGAUGGCAUUUAUUACCUUCUGUUUACAUCGCGUAUGCGGUCAGCAAAUUUGUGCUUCAUUUAUCUGAGGCAGGGCUGAUUUUACGGCAUAUGAGGCUGACUUAUACCAACAUUGAAUUUAUUUGCCGGAGCAGGUGGGAAUGGAAAAAGAAAUUAUCAUUAUCAACUUUGGAUGAAACGAGGUUGGAUGGUGAUUGUUGAUAUAGGAUUAGGAUUGGUCAUGUGGAAUUAUGCACGAUUUACGAUUGAAUGAGACUUCAAUUUCAAAUUUAUCAUAUCAUGAGCUAA